AUGAAGCGCUUGGGAUAUAGAAAGUCCCGCAACGGGUGCCUACGUUGCAAAGAGAGAAGAGUCAAAUGUGAUGAAAACAGGCCUUGCAGCGCCUGUGUGCGCCAUGGACUUCCAUGCAGUCUGGAGCACGGAGGAGCGUCAACAGGCGGCUCGUCACAGCCGACUCCUCCACAGCCGCUGGGGAGUCUUGGACACCGCCCAAGGCGAUCGAGCUCGCGGGCGUCAACGUCGGCUCUGAAGCGGCGGCCAAGCGCGCACUCGUCCAUAUCUCUCUCGCCACAAUCAGCCGCUGGGUCUCUCAGCGGCGGAUACCACAGCGCGUCCAGCCCUGGAGGAGGAGGAGGACUAGGACUGGGAGGAGAAGGAGGAAGUCAUACUCCCCCCUCGUCACAGUCGGAUCCUUUCCCUUACUUCUCAAGGUUCCUGACAGAUCUCAACAAGACGGAGACGGCCAGCGGCUGGAUCUCCGACCUCGAGCUCAUGCACCACUACACCUCCGUGUCGUACCGGACUUUUUCCCAUUCCUCCGAGGCCCAGAAGGCUCUGCAAUACGACGUGCCCCGUGAAGCACUCUCCUAUCCCUUCCUCCUCCACCAGCUACUCGCCUUCUCGGCCUACCACCUGGCCUACCUGCAGCCCGACUGCCGGCACGCCUACCUCAUGCAGGCCGCCCAGCACCAGAACGACGCCAUCAACGGCAUGCGAGGCACGCUGCUGGGCACCAUCUCGCCCAUCAACUGCCACGCCCUCUUCGCCUCGUCCAUCUUCCUGACGCUGAGCGCCUUCGCGACGUACCCGAGCUACGAGAAGUACAACCCGACCUUCUCGCCCGUCGACAGCAUGCUCGACAUCUUCACCCUGUCGGACGGCAUGAGCGCCAUCCUCCGCUCGUCCGACGACGACAUCCGCAAGGGCCCGCUGCGCGAGAUCUUCGUCCGCAGCGCCGGCGACACGACGCCCACGAACGUCGAGCCCUCCCUCCAGCCCCUGUUCGACCGGCUCCCCCGGCUGAGCGCCCGGCUCGGCGACAUGCUCGGGACGACGAGCGGGACCGGCGGGCGCGAGGGGAAAUACACAAUCACAAGCUCCAUCAUCGCCCUGAGCGAGUCCGUCGCCAAGGUCUCGACCAUCAACAUCAUGUCGGCGCCCGCCGAGUUCCGUGCCGUCUUCAUGUGGCCCGUCCUCCUGUCGACGGACUACAUGGACAUGCUGCGGGUGCGGCAGCCCGCGGCGCUGGUGGUGCUGGCGCACUACUGCGUCAUCAUCCACCUGGCCGAGCCCUUCUGCUGGUUCCUCACCGGCUGGACCAGGGCCCUCUUGUCUGUGAUAUCGGAGCAGCUGACCGGGACGCCAUGGGAGGAGCUCGUGCUGUGGCCCAUAGAGAUCGUUGGCCUCGGCGCAUACGAGGCGCAGUUGGAGCGUAUGGUCCACGCCAUGCCCAUUACUCUCUAA